CGCCAGAGAGCUCAUUAAGCUGAUUGGGUCCAGUUGCGUCAGAGCGGCUCGGUUCUGCUGGAUGGAGUUCUGCAGUGGAGCUUCAGGAUUCCUUGCUGGAAGAACUGUGUCUCAGGAACAUGAAGAACGACCUGAAGCUCAAAGAACCAAACAGAGGAAGAUCUUCAACCGUAUAAACUCUGGAAGGAGAACAGAAGCAUCAGAUGAGGAACAGCGUUUUCUUCAGGCUGCAGAUCAUCAGAGAUCUAAACUGACUUCAGAUCUUCAUCGCUUCACUUCAGCCCAGCAGUGAUGAUGAAGAUUCCUUCAGUCCUUCUCCUCCUCCUGGCUCCAAUGUUAGCUAGCUGCUUUGUGCGCUUCAUGCCAGAAGACUGCAUGGACAUCCACAACCAGGACAAGACACUGAAAAGUGGAGUGUUCACCAUCUACCCCUUUGGUCCCACGUCUGCUGUGGAGGUCUACUGUGACAUGGAGACUGAUGGAGGCGGCUGGAGUGUUUUCCAAAGGAGGAUGGACGGCACUGUGAACUUCUACAGACCCUGGAACAAGUAUAAGUAUGGUUUUGGUAGAGCUUCUGGAGAGUACUGGCUCGGUCUGGAGACCAUCUAUGCGAUGACACGCCGGGGGACUCAUGAGCUUUGGGUCAACAUGGAGGAUUUCAAUGGAUACAAAGUAUAUGCUCGUUACUCCUCCUUCUCAAUCGAUGCUGAGAGUGAUGGAUACACCCUGCAUGUUUCUGGAUUCACCAACGGCGGUGCCGGUGAUUCUCUGACUCCUCACAACGACAGGACGUUCUCCACCUUUGACAGAGGCAGUAACUGUGCAAAACUAUUUUUAGGGGGAUUCUGGUAUGCAAACUGUCACCAGGCCAACCCUAACGGUGUUUAUCGCUGGGGGUAUGACAACACCAUUUAUGCUGUUGGGGUGGUGUGGUAUACCUGGAAGGGUUAUGACUAUUCUCUGAAGGGCAUCAGCUUCAUGAUCCGUCCUGUGAAAUAAAUCUCUAGGACAAACGUUCAGCCGUGCAGCUUAAUCUGCUGUGUGAUUGCAAACUAUUUUUAAAAUCAUUUAAUCAAAAGCUAACAUCAAGAAAAAGUUGAUUGUGCUGCAUCUUUGGUGGAGGUUUCAUUUCUGAACUGAAUCGUUUACUGGUGACAAUAAACAAUUUUGAAAAAGCUAUGACUUUUCUUUCUUUUAAUUUCCAACCAACAGUUCUGGUUGUUUGUGGUCACAAACUCCGAAUUCAUUAUUGGGAGGACACUUCAACAUGUUUUGCUGGAGGACACUGAUUUCCUACCCGGAUUAGGCCUACAUGUAAUUAGGGAUGUCCCGAUUUGAUCAUGUCAUCAACAGAACGGGCCUUAUCAUUGGGUUGAUGACUCAACAUAUCGGGGCAGCCGUGG